GCCCUCCCCCCCCCUUCCCCGUUGCGAGUGAACUUGGUGAAUUGGUGCUCAUGGCGCUUAUGUUCGUGGCUCUCCGGUGGGUUGUCGGGUCUUUAUUCGUUUUUUCCGGGAUGAUGAAGGUGACGGAUCGGAUCUCCCCCGAACUGUACGCCGAGGGGCUGGAGGAGUUUGUGAAGUUCGCAGACGUAUUUCCAUUAAAGAAGUUCGGAAUCAGCAUAGAGCCCAUCACCUUCCUAACAGCUGUGGGCUGGAUCGAAUUGGUUGGGGGUUUGCUGCUGGUAUUUGGGCCCAGAAUCUUGCAGGAAAUCAGUAAUGUUGUCCUCUCAGUCAUUAUGAUAGGUGCCAUCUAUUCCCUGCUGAUGCUGAAGAAACCCCUUUACAUGUGCAUACCAGCCACCAUCUGCCUUGCCAUAUUACUCAUACUCCUCUACGUCUGGGGAAGAGACAGAGAGAAGAAGAAGGGAGAAUGACCAACUCGCCUCAGUUCCACAUUCCGCGCAUCGGUUUAGGUUCUGCGCCGUAUCAAAGUUUCUUUUUAAUUCAAAAGUUGUGUAAAACAUGCUAACAGGAGGGAUUUAAUGCCAUGUUUUGAUAAGCAAAUUCCAUAGGACGGCUGGAAAAAACAGCAGGUGGAAAUGAUGGAAUGCUCCCUACCAAGGAGGUAACACACUCAUGACAACACAGUCAAACUGGUAAAUUGAUAGCAGACUGUGAAUGGGUUUUAUCGUCAGGGAGGGACAUACAGUUACUGAAUAUCUAACUUGACUGGAGUAAAUCACUGGUUAGUGUUGGAAUAUUAGGAGUAGGAGCGGGAGCAUCUAAUUCUUCAAACCUGUUCCUGUUUUGCAAGAUCAUGACUGAUCUGCCAUUAAACCAUUUCUGAGCAUGACACCCAUUUUCCUUGAUUGGCUUCAUACCCAUAAAUCUAUCAGUCUCUGUUUAGAGUUAACUCAGUGAGUGAGCCUCUACACCCUUCCAAGGUAGAGAUUUGCCAUGCUUUGUGUAAAGAAACUCACCCCUGUCUCAGUCCUAAAGGUUCAUGGACUAAUUCUGAAAUUGUGACCUCUGUUCCUACACACCUCAGCCUGCACCUAGGGUGAUGAGCCCUGAAGAAAAAUUGUAAAUAACGAAUAGGAUUUCCUCUCAUUUUCCUUAACCUUAGGGAAUACAGGUCUGAUUUACUCACUGUGUCCUUACGAUAAACCCACCAUCCUGGAACUAGUCUGAUGAAUUUUCACUACAUUCUGUAUGGUAAGAGUAUAUUUUCUUAGAUAGGAAGUUCACAGGCUUCUCUGAUCAGUGCCAAAAACUCCCAGGUCUUAGCAGUACAAAAUCAGCCCAUUCAAACCACCUGAUCCAUGCCUGCAAGGUUCCCUUCUCAGCUAGUCAUAUUGGCCAGGUUUGGUUGAAUUAUCCUAUUCACGUAGCUUUCCAAGUUCAUUUUUUUUAAUAGACUGUACCAGUGAAAAAGGAUCUAUUGCUUUCCUGGCAUAUUUCCUGACGAAUGAAACUCUGCUCGGGCCAGGUACAAUAUUGAUUUGAUCUGAUGUUUGGAUGGCAGAGUUUGCCAUCGAAAUGUUGGUUAAAAUCAAUGCCUGUUCCUGGCUGGGAGCCUGAGAAGGGUUUACUGUACUAGUCUUAAUUUCCCCAGGAAGCUUAUGACCUGGCCAACUUCAAAGUGAAAACGUUGUUCCUCGAGUUCUUAUUAAAUCAAUCCCCCUAUACCCUGAACCCAUGUCCUUAAGUUCUUGAGGUAAACUUGCCUGUGCACAUUCACCUUAUCAACACUUGUCAUGAUUUUAUAUGCCUCUGUGAUAUAUGCCAUCGCUUGUUCUCCAACGCUGCAGUAAAUAAGGUCUCAACCUGCUCAACCUCUCUCUAUAACUCAGUUCCUUGAAUCCUGGCAACAUUCUUGUAAAUCUUCUCUGCAGUCUUCCCAGCUUAAUGGCUUCUUCCCUCCAACAGGGUAACUGGAACUGAAUAUAAUCCAAAUGAAGCCUUCCUGUUGUUGAUUUUAUGAACUGUUUUCUACAAAUGACCUACUGUGAGUUGACUAUUGCAUGAAUUUAGAAAUAAAUCAUAAGCACUUACAAAUGA